AUGGCCGAGCAUCUCAUAGCCCUCGUUUGCACCCAUGAUAUACCUUCCCCGGCACUGUCAUCCAUUCUCGCAGCAGGAUAUCGCAAGGCGCAAGGUUUAAGCAGCCCAGAAUCUCUCGUAAUUCUUUCAGAGAGUUCGAAAGCGUCACUGCAUGCGUUAAGGGACGAGUCAGUCACCCGACCUCCCGUAGAGCUCUCAGCACAAUCGCCAUUCCUUGGAUGGAGCAUCGACGCUGUUGCUGACUUUCUACUCGAGAACGCGAAGGGAAGUUGUAUUGAUCAACUCGUGUUUCUUAUUGCUGACGAGAAGACUGCCGAGGAUGGGAGCACACUGUUGAUGGUGCAGAACACCCUCCAUGAGAAGGGACCUGUGCCUCACUCGGUACGGAUCAGCGCAGAUGCUGCGAAUACCGCGCCGGUCGCUGUGUCUGUGGGUUCUAUGUCUGUCAUGGAGUUGGCAUCUCUCGUCGAGGAGGAUGGGGUGUAUAGGGGUGGACGUGGGCCACCGCCGAAAAAAGGCGGCCCGGCUCCUAGGAAAGCUCUGGGUUCAUGA